AUGAUUCUGCAUGUGAAACUACCAGAAAACAGAGUGAAGAAGUUGCAAUUACCAGAGCUCCCCGACUCUGUGCAACGUUUAAAAGAAAUUCUCCAGGAAGAACUUUGGCUGAAAGAAAGAUUCCGUUUGCAGUAUGAGGAUCCAGAGUUCGGAAACGAACUAUGUGACUUAGAAGAUAUGUCAGAGCUCCCACCAGAGAAGGCAACGUUAAAAGUCAUUGAUGCUUCAAGCCCUGACCCUGAGGGAUCAGAUGUGUCAUUGUCUUCACUGGAUACUGCAUCACCUCCAAGCUCAUCUGAAUCCCCCAGAACAACUGUAAGAGCUGGUAGGCGGUCCUCUGCAUGGCCUUCUCCUUUUCCAAUACCAAGCUUCUCUUAUGAUGUUGAAUUGCGCCUUCAAAAGGCAAAUGGUAUCUACAACGACAAUGGUACUCUGCUCGACGUCACCAGAGACAUCAAGAGUGAAAUCCUUGAUAAAAUUGCACAAGCCGUGUUUGAGUUGACUGCAUAUCCAGACAGGUCAGAAAUAGAUUCUGUAGCAAUGGCUCUGGUCAACAAAUAUCCCUGUCUCCGUGAACCAGGCAGUGGAAAUGGGUGGAAUGGAUGGAGAAUGAGUAUUGCGUUCAAGAUUGGAAAUUACCGUCAAAAGCUGCGGAAUGCCGGCUGUGAAGAAGUUAAAGUAAAUGAAAGGAGGGGAAGCCGUGAAGAAGGUAGGCCCGGCUUAAAAAAAGCAAGGAGAGCUGAAGUUCAUUUCCUCCCUGACCAGCCCGCUGGACAAACUCAAGACACUAUGGAAAAAGACAGAGAGGCACUGACAGCAGAGAUGGAAAAAAGGAGUCCGAACAUGACGUUUAUUAAUGACGCUAUGGAUCGUACGUUUCCCUUGAGGAGGAAGGAAAUAGUUGACCAGGAACCCGGUGUUGAUCUGGUGAAGCGCAGAUGGCCAGCACUUUUCAUGGAAUACCAGGUGAAUUGUGAAUUUCACAGAAUCACUAUGGUUGACCUGCAAAGAAAAUUCCUUGGUUUCCUGGAAACUCACACCCCUAAAAUCCUGAAGAUGUAUCGAACCAGAAGAACACACUUCGGUGAGGAGAUGCAGAAACUCAUUGACUCGUUGGAUAAGGAGCUGAAGGUGUUGUGCUCUUCGCAUCCAACUUGUACCAAUAUAGAGAGGCAUCUGCUAGGCCAUAAAUGCACUUCUUCCGACUCCACAGAAAUCCUUGCCUCUGAGCCUCUACUGGUGGACGAAUGUAGAUGUUUCAAGUCAAAGACGACACUGUGUAGCUGUAUGUGUAACAGAGUGUAUACAUCUGACAUCUCUGGACACAGAAAAGCUGUAGCCCUCAGAGGACUUCUGCUCUUUGUCAGGGAUUAUGGAGCAGAGAAGAUCCUGAAAACAUGCUUGAACACUGAUCCAGAAGAACAACACACCAAAGGUGUGAGAAUGGCAGUCCUGACUGUGGUCGAGGAUGAUGGCGGGGCUACAGCUUCACCUCACGUGGAGGACUUCGCAAUAGUGCUUGAAGAAUGUGUGGCAUUAAUCGAGCAAGGAGUUUUUAUUAAAGGUUCUAGUGCCCCUCCCUCUCCAUCACGAACAUUUGGUACACCUGGUUCUCAGUUGCGUGGGGGAAGUUUAGAAAAGUUUUGUGUCGACUGUGAGGCGCGCGCUCUUAAAAAACUCGAGCUUGAUAAUAAAGUCCAACUCAGACGACUGGAAGUCGAUCGUGAGUUGGACCUUAAAAAGUUGGAACAGGAGGCUGUGGAGAAAGAAAGACAAAGAGAGUUUCAACGCCAGAGAGAACAAGCGGAGCGUGAGUUCCUAUUGGAAAAGCUUCGAUUAGAGUUGGCUGCAAGGCAGCCCAGCGCUCCGCUAGUUCCUCCUCCUGCCUCUCCGCCACACUCUGUUCAGUCGUCUCCUGUACAGCCUGUGCAGGUGACUCUACCUGCUGGUAGUUCUCAAGCUGCCGUUGUUUCACCCACUACUCUUCGACGUGACUUUACAUGCUUUCGAUGUAACCAGAAAUAUUCGAAUGGUACCAAUUUUUAG